AUGAUGGUGGAGCUUGUUCUGGGCACAAAUGAAAACUUGCUGCUAGGGGUUGAACACUCAAACUACCUCGCGAUAUUUCAGAACCUAAAUGUGCCACUUAACGCAUCUAUUUCAGUGCCCCAGGAUGCGACGCCACUGGCAAAUAAGAAAGCAACUAAUUUUUUACAGGAUUCAGCUGCGAUUCGCUUUAAGCCAAUGGAAGGGCCGCUUCCCUUUGGAGAUGUCUCCACACACGCGGAAGGUUUCUAA